AUGGUGUCGGUGUGGGUGUAUGCGCCGGGCAUGCAGACCUAUGGCGAGCAGCGUGUGGACGUGGGGCUCGCGUACGACGCGCUCCAGGCGCGCCUCGAGCGGGUGACGGGCAUUCCGCCUGCCGAACAGGUCCUCACGCUCUUUUCCGCGAGCGACGUGCAGCACGGACAGCAAACCGGCUCGGCACGCGUGCUGCCCACGCCGCCGUGCGCUCCGGACGCCGCGCCACUGGCCUUGUGGCGCGUCGCGGACGGCAUGAUGAUCCGCGUGGACGACCGCCGGGGUGCGAUGCUCGACGGCGACGUGGAAAAGUACGAAAUGAGCGAUGCGGACUAUGCGAAGCGCACCGACUCGGUGCGCGCGUUCAAAGAGGCGCAUGGCCUCGGGCGCUUUGGGGAAAAGGCCCCGGAGCCGGUGCGCGACGACCUCGUCGUCGGCGCGCGCUGCAGCGUCGCGCGCGACGAGUCGUUCGGCCGCCGCGGCACGAUUGCGUAUGUCGGCAGCGCGUCCUUUGCGCCAGGCCCGUGGGUCGGCGUCGUGUACGACGAACCGGUGGGCAAGAACGACGGGAGCGUGCAAGCCGUGCGCUACUUUACGUGCGCGCCGCAGUGCGGCGGCAUGGUGCGCCCGGCCAUGGUCACCGUCGGCGACUUUCCGCCGGAAAUAGACUGGAGCGAUGAGGAGCUAUAG